GUGCCUCAGUUCCUGUUUCGGCGCAAGUGCACAAGAAAUGGAAAGCUACUUAGCCAGAUAACUUUUGUGAUGUUUUUAUUUUUAUUGAGUUAACCCACUUGACGUCGAAGAUAUGAGAUCAAAAAUAAAAUAACAGAGCACGACUUUUAUUCACAUUACAGCGGGGCUCGAUCAGGUAGAAGCGGCCACCACCGAAAUGGCCAACCUGAACUGGAAACCGUUCAUCUACGGAGGGAUGGCUUCGAUUGUCGCAGAAUUCGGUACGUUCCCCAUAGACCUGACUAAGACGCGGCUGCAGGUGCAGGGCCAGUCCCAGUACAUGGAGGUGCGCUACCGGGGCAUGUUCCACGCCCUGUUUAAGAUCGGCAAGGAGGAGGGCAUCAAGGCACUGUACUCUGGGAUCUCCCCAGCUCUCCUGAGGCAAGCCUCCUACGGGACCAUCAAGAUCGGGACCUACAACACACUCAAGAGGUUAUUUGUGACCCAUCCGGAAGAUGAGACUAUGGUGAUCAAUGUGUUCUGUGGAGUGGUGUCUGGAGUCCUGUCCUCCUCUCUGGCCAACCCCACUGAUGUUGUCAAGAUCCGCAUGCAGGCCCAGGGCAGUCUUUUACAAGGCAGCAUGAUGUCCAACUUCAUAAACAUCUACCAGACAGAGGGAACCCGUGGCCUGUGGAGGGGCGUCAUCCCUACAGCUCAGCGGGCAGCCAUCGUAGUGGGAGUGGAGCUUCCUGUCUAUGACAUCACUAAGAAGCACCUCAUCAAGUCUGGCACUAUGGGAGACACCAUACUCACACACUUUAUUUCCAGUUUUACGUGUGGCCUGGCGGGGGCUCUAGCCUCCAACCCAGUGGAUGUGGUGCGGACGCGUAUGAUGAACCAGCGAGUGCUGUCUGGGAACCCCAUGUAUAAAGGCACGCUGGACGGAUUGAUGCAGACCUGGAAGAAUGAAGGAUUCUUUGCCCUCUACAAGGGCUUCUGGCCCAACUGGCUGCGUCUGGGGCCAUGGAACAUCAUUUUCUUCAUCACGUUUGAGCAGCUGAAGAAACUCCCCUUAUAGUUGAACAGGGAGUGGACACUCCGUCGGACCAGAGUGUAUCAGAGCGAGGGAAACACCCCAGCCCUGUGUCUUCAUUUCAUUCACAGUCCCUCCCUCGUCACACAAUCUGAAUGUGCAUGCUCAUCUAAGUUAAAUAUAAUAAUAUUUAUUAUUUUUUUAUACAACUUUUAAUGUUUUUUAAUUUAUUUUUUAAACACUUCCUCAUACUCAUCAACCAUCCUUGAUGCCACUCCUGGCAGCUAAAUUUUAGGAUUGUAGCUGAGGACGGAAGCCUGUUUGGACCAUAAGGUAUUAGCUAGGUACGCUGACUGCCAGCUUGUUACCAUUUUAAAGUGAGCUUGUGGGAAAAGGAGGAGGACUAUCCUAGGCGGAACGGUAACUGGAGAUCUACUUGAGCUUUUUUAGGGAUGUGGAAUAGGCCUCUGAUUGUGUCUGACUAGUUUUUUAAACACAUCUCUAUACUGCAUGGGAUGUGCAAGAAAAGACCAUGGCUGUUAAAUGUAUAGGAUUGGGGUUUUGCCUGUGUGAUCUGACGUUUAAAUAAUGUCUUCAAUGUUUUGGGCAGGGCUAGCUAGAGGAGGAUGUGAUGCAUGGCAUGUUAACCGGGUUGUUAUUGUCAGACAAUUUAUUCUCAAUGACUUACCUGGGUAAGUAAAGGUCACAGUAGGUGCUGUUUAGUCUGUUAGAGGAACUCAGGACAACGGUGACCCACAUGAAAAAAUACUAUACUAUGGUUAAAAUACAUUGUAGUGUUUUUGCUGCCUUUACUGUAGUUUUGCUGACAUUACUGUAAUAUUUA